AUGGACGCUACCGAGCCAGGGCAGGGCUACGAAGGGGAGAUGGGGGAUGCUGAACAAGAGAUGGAAACGGCAGAAGGAGACUCCCAAGUCGAAAAUGAAUCCUACCAGGAUGAAGCUGUGUACGACAUGGAUUCGUAUGAUCAAGGAGAAAAUGAACAGACGUCAGGAAACGAGAGGAAUUCUGACAUUUCAAAGCAGGUCUUUGUCGGUGGUCUCGUUCAAACAACAACGGCAGAUGAGCUUAAAGCAUACUUCAGUGCCUUUGGAACCGUCAUGGAUGCCGUCGUGGCACAUGACAAGGUUGCAGCGGCAAAAGGGAAAUCCCGUCGAUCCAAAGGUUUUGGGUUCGUGACGAUGUCCACUAAAGAUGAGGCCAUUGCCAUUCUUAAUGCAGAAACCCACAUGAUGGACGAUCGAACGAUUGUUGUAGAGCCUUCAAAACCAACCUCAGAGAUAAAGCUGAGACUCAGUUUGACCAGUCUGGACAAGGACAAGACCACCAAGGAGUCCCUGCGAGAGCACUUCAGCCAAUUUGGAGAGGUAGAAGAGUGCAUCCUGAGGGUGUCUAAAGUAGACGACAAGAUGGUGUCCAGAGGGUACGGGAUCAUCAAGAUGGCCACCGACGAAGGGACCAAUGCCGUCAUGGCUGCCAACAAUGAGAAAGGCAGACAGAUAAUCGACGGGGCCAGCGUCAUUAUCAAAGUGGAUAGAGUUAAAUUAAAGCGAUACCAACUUUACAUUGGCAAUCUCGACCCCGAUGAGACAACCACGGCCGACAUCAUGGAGUGCUUCAGAAAGUACGGCAGCAUCGUAGAUGUGGUGUUCUCUCAGAAAGUGGUUGAGCAGGACGGUGUCCGCAGCACCCACGCCUUCCUAAGGAUGGGCUCGGACGAGCAGCAUGAGGCCAUCCUUACGGCACAGCUAGGGGAAGAACCGUGUACGAUUCAUGGCCGCAAACUGGUCAUCGAAAAGGACCACGAGAAAUUACGCAGGUUCUACGUCGAUGACAUCGACAAGGACAAAACUUUCGAGGCCGAUCUGGAGGAGUACUUUGGUGCCUUCGGUGUCGUCCAAGAGUCGUACGUCUUUAGAGAGAGGUCCGAUGAAGACACUCUAGGGGAGUCUAAGGGAUACGCCAUGAUGUUGAUGUCCACUGUGGCCGAGACGGAUGCUAUUCUUAAGCGCAAGGAGGCCCAUAUCCUUCAUGGCAAGACGCUGACGCUCGGGCGGACGGUUUCGGUACCUCCCAUGAAAGAACAUCCGACUAAAAUGACUGUCACAUGUCUCAAGGACACCAACAUCACAGAGAAAGUGCUUAGGGAUUACUUCGGAACGGACAGUACCAUCAAAUCAGUGCAAUUCCCUCUCAACAUGGCAACAGGGGAGAAGAUUGGGUUCGCUCUGAUGGAGCUUGAAAGCCACCACGACGUCGAGAAAUUCGCUAUGCUGCGUGACCAUGUCAUUAAGGGCCACAAAGUCAUCGUGAACAAGGUGAAGAAGAAGAAAGCAGACAAUCUCCAAAGUCUCAUAGACAGAGGAAAGGAAAGAGAAAGGGCCAACAGAGGUGGUUUUGGCCAAUAUGGACGAGAUGAUUGGGCCCCAAACUGGGAUUAUGGACCUCCUCAACGAUGGGGUGGCAGGCCUCCCCCACCAUGGGGUCCAAGACCCCCUUUCAGAGGCGGCGGUCCCGGAAGAUGGGGUGGUAUGCCUCCAAGGGGCAGAGCUCCCCCGCCAUGGAGUAGAGGACCAGGUUUCAGAGGGCGUGGGCGUGGCUUUGGCCCUCAUGAUGGUUGGGGUGGUUCUGGAUAUGACGGUCCUCGGGGUAGAGGGCGUGGUCGUGGAGGUCCAGCGGGUGGAGGCCCAGGAGCUGGAGGGUGGGGUGGAUCCGGCAACGAGUGGAACAGCAGGCUCAAUAGUCCCAAGAUGGUCAGACGGGGGUGGGGUCGUCACAGAGGAAGGCCUUAUUAGGGUAUCUUUGUUACGACUCUUGGGUUCAGGGAGAUAGAUUGCGAACAAUGUGUGUGAGAACGUGAGAUUUGAGUCUGAUUUAAUAUGCGUAAUGGGGAUUCGCUGGAUCACCAGGCCUGAUACUUCACGGAGGCAAUGGAGGCGAUUGCCUCCGUUGCCCCUGGUCGUUGCCUUGG